UCCAUGCUGGUCGCAAACGAACUAUGUUGGUUUUCUCAUGGUGCGGCUCAAUUAUAGUUGAAAAGCUUGUGAAUCUCAUCAGUUAUUGCGCAAUAUAAUUAGACGGUAAAUGAAGCUAUUACAUUAAAAUAAUAUAUUUCAUUUCAUCAUGUAUUUCUAUAUUGUGCUGUAUUACGUAGGGUACUAAUCAAAAUAUAAAUCUAUAUGUAUCUUUUUAUUUAAGUGUGCGUGGCUUAUUUAUCUCAUGCGGAAGAAAAGUUGCCGAAUUUUCAAUUCAUGAUUUACUUCGUAUUGAGACCAGUAUGCAGAAAACGAUUCUAUCAAUACUUGACUGCUUGAUAGAGACAAGAGGUUCCACCGAUAGAUUGAGAGUAUAUUACGAUCUGCUGGAAUGUGACGAAGACGGACGGACACCAACAGAUAGCAACUUUAUUGAAAAGUCAAGAUCACCGCUUCAAGUUAUUGCGAAAAAGGGAAAUAAGAACAUUGUUUACCAUGACGCAGUAAGGUUGCUUAUAAGAAGAAAGUGGAAGCUGUAUGCUAAAAGGAGGUUUGAGUUUAAUUCCUUCCUGUAUAUUCUUGGGUUAUUUUGCAUCACCUACUCAGCUAUCGUGGCUGUUACGUCGCCUGACCCAGCUGUGUAUAAUGGUCCUCUGCAGAUAUCCAGGGCUGUAUUUGAAGUUUUAUCCCUUGUAAUGGUGGCGCAAAGUGUUUUUACAGAAAUUAAUCAACUUAGACGACACAAGCUUGAGUAUUUCCAAGAUCCAUUUAACUGGUUUGAUAUGUCGUCUGCAAUUUUGCUGAUUUGUGUGGUUCCUUUAAGAUUUACACAUAACAGUGCACAGUGGCAUGUGUUUGCAUUUGGAUAUUUAUCUUGGACAAUAAGGAUUUUCAAAUUCGCCGCUGUGUUUAGACAAACAGGUGCGUAUACUCAGAUAUUGGCAAGAAUUAUUGCCCAUGAUUUUAUCCAGUUUGGUGUCGUGUUUCUUGUCAUCCUUCUGGCCUUCAGUGGAUCAUUCUUCCUAUCUUUGAGGGGCGACGGAGAUCUAGAUACACAUAAUGAAACAAGCACCUUCUGGGGAAUAUUGUUUGUUGGCGUUCGGUCGUUGACAGAAGCUCAACCUGUGGUUGAUUAUACCGGAGAGGACGGAUAUGGUACUGUCAGUGUUAUAUUUAUGGUGUGCUUCCUGUUUACAUGUAUUGUCAUUCUACUGAAUAUUCUCAUUGCACAAUUGACUGAUACAUAUCAGAAGGUGCAACAAGAUGCGCAGAGAGGGUUAGAGGUCAAUAGAGCAUGGAUUGUUGCCAAAGUGGAGUUAAACAGUUUCUUCUUUGGGAAAUGUAUCAUCGGCUGUAAAUCAUACUUUCAUGUAUUUAAGGACUUUAGAACAUCACGAUAUGCGGAGUAUGAAGACAUAGAUGAUCUCAAAGACGUUCUAACAAAAUGGGAUUCUCCACCACUGAAUGAAAUGAACAAAUAUGUCAAAGACAUCUGGGACACCUUAGAUAACCACAAAAUGAACCUCCUUACCAUACAACAUAGGCUGGUUCGUCAAGAAAAUACUUUGCGAAAUAUACAAGAUCAGUUGCGUUGCCUAGUUGCUAUGAACACAACAGGGUUAUGUGAUACACCAGACGCAGGUUUUCAAUCUUCUCAGAGACCGAAAUUCUAUCGCAGUAAUACAGAACAAAAUGGUUCCAUUCAAACCGAAGACAUGAAUGAUACCAGUGCAAGGAGAAAACAUUUGCAUAAAGAAAAGAGCAUUUCACUUGACGAUGUUCAAGCUGUUCUUAACGGUAUAGAUAAAGACGACAGUGAACUAAAUAAAGCAGAUUCUACAGAAGCAGACGAGAAUAAUCAGUAGCAAGUGUUUAUGGUUACUGUGCCAAAA